CGCGCCAUUCACGUGAAAAAUUCGAAUUCGGACAGCGCUCAAGGAGGCAAUGCGCCAACGUAUGACACGUGUACUCAUCCGACGACUAAAACCUCAACUCCAUCUCGGUGCUUCCCAAACUCGAAAACACAAUCAAUCAAUCUCUUCCCUCUCUUCCGUUCUUGCUCACUGAAACUGAAACUGAAGCCUCAAUCAAUCCCCAAUGGCCUCCGUCAUCAAGCCUUCCGCCCGCUAUAGUACCUACGAUUCACGCUCUUCUACCACUUCGUCUCACUUCUCCGACCCCUCUUCCUCCUCUGAGUUCAGCCACAAAUCCUCUGGUUCAUCUUCUCGUGCUCUCGUUAGAGCCAAACCCUCCGAUCUAGCUAGGACUAGAAGCAAGAGUAAUAAAACAGACCCCAGCUUGACUACAAUGGUGAGAAAGCUCAUGGAGAAGAAAUCGGCUUUGACAAAGCCUAAGUCUGGCGGAAAUCAGACGGCUGGAUUGCUGAUUCCCUCGGAUAUUAUUGCCGAGGAUUUGAAGAAGAAUGCGAGGAGGGCCACGGGAUUGUCGGCGUUACAGAAGAAGCUGUUUGGAAAACCGGCGUCGUCAUCGGAGAAGACGAAGGGGAAGGAGGUGAAGGCCCUGACGGAGGUGAAGGGGAACACAAGGACGCUGGCGAUGGUGCUACGGAGUGAGAGGGAGCUAUUGAAUAUGAACAAGGAAAUGGAGACCGAGAUUGCCGAGCUGAAAUUAAUGCUUGAGGAGAAGAAUAAAGAAGUGGAGAAGUUGAAGGAUUUGUGUUUGAAUCAAAGAGAAGAAAUCAAGUCACUUAAAAGUGCUAUUCUGUUCCCUGAUGUGAUGAAUUCUCAGCUCCAAGAACUUCUAGAGAAGCAAGGCUCUGAGCUGAGGCAGGCAAAACUGGUCAUUCCAGCUCUACAAAUGCAAGUCUCUUCCCUCACUGGUCAGCUCCAAAGCCUAGCAGAGGAUGUGGCAGAGGUCAAGGCCGAUAAACGUUCAGCAAAGUUGUGCUUUCAAGGGGACGGAAAUUCUCCAAGAACACCAACACAUGAUGCUACUAACUCUUGGGAACUCAGCUCUGAGGAUUUAACAACUCCUGGAAGUCCAGAUGACUUGUUACUGAAGGAUCUAAAUCCCUGUUUAACACCUCGUAAUGCUAAGUCAAGAUCUAGGGAAUUUGAGUGUACAGGCUCAGGAUCUUUACAUGAUGAGAGCUUCUCUGAGGAUGAUGAGAUUCAAGUGUAUCCAGUGACGGACUUUGAUCGUUAUGGUAGGAAGCUAUCCAAAAGCUCUGAUUGUUGCCAGAAUUCCACCAAAAGAGACAUCACAACCAAAGGUAGUCGAAGAUCCGAUGAGAGCAAAUCAACCUACAGAAGCUACAUGAAUCAUCACAAACUUUUGAUAUAAGUCGUCCUAGCUUCAAGUUCUUUUUUGAGAUUUCUUGCAUUUGUUCCUUGUCAUCUUCGUAACCUGUGUAUUUCAGAAGCGGCAGACUCAAAUAUUUAAAGAGUAGAUUCUUCCUUUUGGCAUAUGUGAUGAGAGUAAGGACAAGAAUGAGGCCACGUAAUCAGUAAUCAUC